UCAACGAAUAUUUUGCCUAGGCCCUAACCUUACUAGGCAAAACUUUUACGAAAAGCUUUCCAUGGCAUCAGAAGAAUUAUUUAACUUUUCACAGAAAAACGCGAGGAGUCCAAUUUAUUUUAUUUUUUUUCCGAAUUAGGAGGAGUCCAAUUUUAGCCAGAUUUGAAAGCAUUAAAGAUGCUCUUCAAUGUAAUCUCGAACUUCUACAAAAUUCAUUCAUUAAGUUCAGAAUCUGAGGUCUGACAACACUUUAUCUGCAAGUUUAAAAUUCGACCGUUUUCAGUGUACUCUCUGCAAAUAAUUGAUGUUAAGCAUCGUUCAAAUUUGCUUACUUCAAAUCUGUUUUUCCUGUAUCUAAACCUUGCCGCCAACAUUGCGAAAAGUAAUUAUAUUGUUUUAUAUACAAUUGGAAUUAUGCACUUAUUUUGAUCUACAACCGAGUGAGUAUGGAGGAGAAGAUAAAAGACAUGAUGUAAUUGCAGGGCCUUCAGUCGGGGUAAUGUUACGCUUAUGUUGAUCACUAGGGUUUUCCUUUUUUAAAGGUGGGAAUGGCAGGCGGGAUUGUAUUUCCGCCGGAGAGCGGAAGUGUGGAAGAAUUGAGGGAAAUUGAUGGCAAUUUGGGAAGUCUGUGUCAGCACAUUGAAGUGGAAGGUUGGAAUUUUGGGGCAUUUUCUGAUAUAGUUAUCGAAUGCAUGGGGCAAACUCUUAAUCUGCACAGACUUAUUCUCUCCAGAAGUUCCUAUUUCAGGAACAUGCUUCAAGGCCCAUGGAAAGAAGCUGGUGCUCCAGUAGUUACAUUGCAAAUUGAUGAUGAAAAUGUCAAUAGAGAGGCAGUGACCAUGGCACUCUCUUAUUUGUAUGGACAUCAUCCAAAACUCAAUGACAGUAAUGCUUUUCGAGUUCUUGCAGCUGCAUCAUUUCUUGAUCUUCAGGCAUUUGCUGAAAGGCAAGAUUAUGGUAUACAUGGUGAUCGUGUCAGAAAGGCAUGUUGGGGCUACCUUUGUCGAGGGGGUGCCAUGGAAUUAAGAGAGACUCUUCCUAAACUGUCCGCUCAGACACUCUGCACUCUUUUGACAUCUGAUCAAUUAUGGGUGCCAAAUGAAGAGAAGAGGUUUGAGCUUGCAUUAAGCAUACUUCUUGUGAAGGGUGGUUUACUGGAAAUUCAUAAUUCCCAUUUGUCAAACACAGUAGAGGCAAGUAAUUUGCCUAAAGAUUUUACAGUUAUGAGAGAGGUGGUCAUCCAAAGAGAACAAGUAAAUGAUAAGUUAGAACACAAAUCACAAUUUCAAGCAGAUCCAGAACAGAUUUGUACAUAUAAAAACUUUGAAAAUCAUCAAAUUGCACUUGAAAUACUUGUUGAGCUGGCUGAUUCUGUGGUAGAUUUUCAAUUUACAGAGGAAUGCGAAGAAAAACAUGCAUUUAUAAACCAGGGGGGCUAUUCUUCCCUGAAUGCAGGAAUAGUAUGUGGUCACAGAAAUGGAAAGAAUGGUUCAGCUAAUAAAUCAAAAAUAGAGACUGGCAUAUGCAAACCUCAUAGCAGAAUGUGGAAGGCUGUUGAAUCAAGCAGAACUAGAGAUUAUAGCACAGGCAUUGAGGAAUCUGUAUGUAAAGAAUUUCAUAAAAUAUCACUUUCUAAGGAUCAACCUCUGCAGUGUUCAUCAUCAAAGAAGGCCAUAGAAUCAACCAGAACUAGAGAUUAUAGCUCAAAUACAGAGGAAUCUGCAUGUAAAGAAGCUCAUAAAAUGUCACUUUCUAAGGAUCAAUCACAGCAGUGCUCAUCAUCAAAGUUCACUUCAUUCAACAGAGCUUUUCCCAAUGAGUGGGGAAGGUAUGGUUCAAGCCUUACACCAUCAUGGGGUGGAAGAGUUGUAGAAACAAAACAGAUAAAAGCUUGUCCUAAGGAAAGUGAUUUUAGUGACACUGAAAAACUUGAUUCACUUUUUAGUAUUUUUGAAGGUGGUCGUAUUCUGUACUGCCACAUGACCUUUGAAGGAAUGCUUGAUGUGCGGCGGCAGCUGGAAGAAUUAGCUUUCUUGUGUAAAUCAGUGUAUGAUGGUCUGUGGUUACAGAUGCUUCUGAGACAGAGAGUCCUAGCAAUAGCCGCUGACACAUGCAAGACUUGCUGCCUCACAAGCCAGCUUUGCACGUGCAGGCACACUUUUUUGUUUUCACAGGGUCGAACUAAUGACAGUUUUUACAGGGAUGAUCAGCAAAGAAAUAGUGGAGCUGGAAUGGUAGGAAAUAUAUAUGCAGGAGAUGCAACAGGAGCAACAAAUGGGUCCCCUGUACCAGUACGUGUACGUGUAAGAGGAGCUGUAGAUGGUCUUGCAGGAAUUGGUAGAGGAUCUACCUUUGGUCCUCCAGAGGCAACUUGGCCUCCAACACGGGUAGUAUUUUCCCGUGUUCCUUAUGGAUUGGGGGGUAGGAAUAACCAGCACAACUUGGCAAAUGAGCAAUCAGAAGGAAGGGUUGACUUUGGAGAAAUAGAUUUACCUAGAGAUGGCUUGACAGCAGCCGUGGGACUAGGUCAGGGAACUGGCAAUAGCAUUCCAAUUCAUUCAGAUCAAACACCAAGAAUUGAAGAGCAGAAUUUACAUUGCAGAAUAGGUAGAGAUACUGCAGUUGCCACUAGCUGCAGCAAAGUUGCCAUGGAGAGAGUUGAUCCACAAGAGCAUCCCCUUGGACGGGAGUGGGAGGCAUCUGAGGACUCUCCUAUUGCUUUGGAUAUGCGAACUCCACUGCGUGAUUUCCCACCUUUUCGGUUUGGGGUGGAAUUUGAAGACGUUCACAUGCUAGGUGAUAGUUCAGCAAAGCAUUCACCUGAAGUUUUCUAUGCAGGAUCUCUAUGGAAGGUUAGUGUGCAGGCUUUUAAGGAUGAAGAUCCUCAAGGUCGUCGUACACUUGGAUUAUUUCUGCACCGUCGCAAAGCAGAGAUCACGGAUCUGCAACAGAAGGUCCAUUUAUACACAGACACUAGAGAAAAAGUAACUGUCCGAUAUCAGUUGAUUUGUCCUUCAAAGCGACAAGUUAUGACUUUUGGCAGUCUUACACAAGCAGGAACCUUGCUACCUAAAGCUCCUAAAGGUUGGGGUUGGAGGACAGCUUUUUUAUUCGAUGAUCUUCCUGAUCUUCUACAAGGAGGAUCUUUACGUGUAGCUGCUGUUAUACAAAUUGUAUAGCUACAUAUGGCAAUUUUAAUUGUAGCUUGGACAAUCGAAGAAAGCUUUUUUCCUAUUCAUAUAUUCAUGUAAUAUUUCUGCAUCAACGUGUGCUUAGAGGUUUAAACGUAAGGGAGACUGUAUCCCUUUUCCCUUGGAAGCCAGGUCAUCUAGAUGUUACUGAAAGAAACCUUCUGUGCAAUAAUUACAAUUACAAUUUGAACUGCUGACACUUACUCUGAAAAUAGGACUUCACUCAGGACAAUUGUUUAUCCUUUUAUCAGAGGUUUGCAAUGUAAAAAAAGAGGAUUGUCUGUCAAGGGAGUUUGGGGAUGCAUCAUAACAGGGCAUUAGCAGUAUGCUGCACAGUGUUAAUAAUUUAGUGAUAAAAUAAAAAUAAAAUUAUAUAUACGAAACCCUCUAUGUUUCUCUGUUA